UUCUCCAACCAGACCAGACCAUCUUCCACACACAAAAUUACCAAAAUGGGCUCCCUCCCUUACAUAGUAGAAGACUGCAUGGGCGUCCUCCAAGUCUUUAGCGAUGGUACGAUCAACCGUUGCUCUUUGAUGGACAUGGACUUCAACAUUCCUGUCGUUGAUGACAACUCUGUGGCCUUCAAAGACGUCACUUUCGACAAAAGACACAACCUCUCCCUCCGUUUGUACAAACCCAAAUCGGCAAACCGCAAUUCCAAGCUCCCCGUGGUGUUCUACUUUCAUGGCGGUGGUUUUUGUGUCGGCUCAUGUGUGUGGCCAAACUUCUACAACUGCUGCCUCCGCCUGUCCGCGGUGCUCCACGCUCUAGUGGUUGCCCCGGACUACAGGCUUGCGCCGGAGCACAAGCUCCCGGCCCCAAUUGAUGAUGCGGUGAGUGCGGUGGAGUGGCUGCAAAGGGAGGCUUUGAUGAGUAAAAGUGGCGAUUGUGAUGCAUGGAUGGGUGGUACCGCUGACUUUGACCGGGUUUUCAUUGUGGGCGACUCUUCUGGCGGGAAUAUGGCCCACCACCUGGCGGUUCGGCUCGGGGCUGGGUCAGUCAAGGUGGCCCCGGUUCGGGUACGUGGGUAUGUGCUACUAGCGCCAUUUUUUGGUGGGGUGGAGAGGACAAGGUCAGAGGAGGGGCCUUGUGAGGCACUGUUGAGUUUGGACAUACUCGACAGAUUCUGGAGACUCUCAAUGCCAGCAGGAGAAACCAGAGACCACCCACUGGUGAACCCAUUUGGACCAAACAGCCCAAACCUAGAGAAAGUGGCCCUUGAUCCGAUCUUGGUUUUUGUGGGUGGCAAUGAAAUUUUGAAAGAUAGGGUGGAGAGCUACUCGAGAAAGCUGAAAGAGUUGGGGAAGAAAAUUGAGUAUGUGGAACUUGAGGGACAACAACAUGGGUUUUUAACGGCUGAUCCAUACUCAGAAGUCUCAAAUGAAGCUUUGCAAUUUAUUAAAAGAUUUAUGAUUGAAAACUCCAACUAAAUUAAGCAUCAUCAUGCAUGUAAUGUUUGUUCAGUUUCUAGAACUUUGAUCUAAUUAUUUAUUCUAAGUGUUUGAGGUUGUUGUA